UACACAGUACACAUUCAGCAUUUCAAAUUUGCAAAACAACCAGAGUUUUGCAUUUCUGACAGCAUUAACUUUAAUUCUGUUUCUUUUGCAGUUUAUUUGUGAAUCUUUCACGGCUGUUUGAUACACUGAAAUAUGCAUUGCAUAAAUCGUAGAGUUGCUUCCCAGUCCUUAAAAGCAGUCUGUACAGCAAGGUUCGCCUCAUCUAAUCCCUCGGGACGACAACCGAAUGAGGCUGCAUCCGAUCAGUCGAAGCAGGAGCGCGGUAGUCAGGACGCAUCCCGUGAGCCUGAGCGUCCUCCCUUGCCUACCCAAAGCUCUCCUUCCGGUAGUCAAAGUUGGCUAGGUAAAUUGCUUCAAGGGCAACACAGAACGAUUGAAACUGGCCAUGAAUCACAUUCGCGAAAGCUAGCCAAGAAAGGUGUCAUCUACGAGAUGCAAACGCAUAAUGUGAGACCGGACCAGCGGGCGGAAUACAUAAACACUUAUGGGGAGUUUGUGGAGGCCGCUCUGAAAAACCAGAAAGUUGAGAGCAAUCUGGUCGGAAGCUGGAUGGUCGAAACUGGCGGUGAUCAAGAUCAAGCCAUUCACAUCUGGAAAUAUAACAAUGGCUACGUUGCAUUUGAUCACACCUCCAAAGCGUUACGAGAGGACAAGAAGCUACAGGAUUUCCAAAAUAAACUGGGGAAAAGCCUUCGAUCCCGGCAGAAUCAAGCUAUGCUUAGUUUUAGCUUUUGGGGAGAUCCGGAGCCCAGUGAGGCAAAGCGGAUUUAUGAACUGCGAACGUAUACGUUGAAGCCCGGUACACUUAUCGAAUGGGGAAACCAUUGGGCCCGCGCUAUUCAUCUUCGUAAAUCUCGUGAGGAUGGAGUUGGUGGAUUUUUCACGCAAAUUGGGCCUCUCUAUGUCGUACAUCAUAUUUGGGCUUAUGCUGACCUCGAGGCACGAAAAGACGCGCGUGAUGCAGCGUGGUCCAGCCCAGGAUGGGAUGAUUGUGUCGCCAAUACAGUGCCCUUAAUUCGUGAAAUGAACUCAAGGAUCAUGAUUGGAAAUUCCUUUUCACCGCUCAAAUGAUGACGCUGCAGUAACUGUCUACGUGAACCGGUUUUAUCUUUUUAUUGCUACUUUGUUCACAAUCUUUUGCUGUUUAUUUAUGGAAUCUAAAGUUGUUGAAUGUUGCUCAUGGUUAUUGUUAGUGGUUCUUUCAUUCGUUGCCGUUUUUGUUUGCAGACUUCACUUACAAGUUGCAGCAUAUUUUAUUAGUUACAGUCACAGAUAUAUCGUGAGAAAUGUUAAUCUAUAUACUUUGUGCGUCAAAAUUUGAUAAUAAAACACUUUGUGCAUG